UCAGUCCAAAAGUGGACUAAAAGUUACUUUGAAUGUUUAAUCUCCUAUGCUAUUUGAAAUUUUCUUCUACCAUAACAAGUUCACUUGUAUAAUGUAAAUUAAUUUUUGCACAUGUAAUUUGCUAAAACAAAAAUAAUGUGAAAAGCGUCAGCUGGAAGAAAAGAAUCAAUUGUAAAAAAAUUAUUUUUGUUACUGUAUCAACUCAAUAUAGCAUAUGGAUAUGAGGUUCUAUAAUAAAAGUGAGAGUCCGGUUCUACCUACAGAUUAAGGCUAGUCAUUAUUCAUUAAUUUUACUGAUUGCAAAAGUAAGCGUUGUUUUAGAGAAUGGAACCUUUUCUGUAAUUAUCAUAACUCAUGAAAAAAUAAAGAUUCAUGUUUUGUGGUUAAUGGAAAAUAAGGAACAGUUCGUAAAUCUCCUACCAGGACCGUUAAUAUUAUGUGUCGGAUUUAUAAUACAAAUUGUUGGUUUUUCAACGACUCAUUGGUCAGAGAGAACUAGCACCGGUGCCACCUGUGGAUUAUGGAAAGUUUGUACACGUGACGAUGAUAACUUAAAAUCAUGCUUCACAAUAACUCAGAGAGGAAGUGUGCCAAUUAUGGUAUUCUUGUGUAGUUUCCUGGGUACUGUAAGUACCAUUAUAACUGGACUAUCGUUUAUCAGCGCUGUCUUCACAACGUGUCAGAAGAAAAGUACAGCUUUAAGAUGGUCUAAAAACACGGCGGCAGCAACUCUUAUUGCAGUGACCUUGUCAGUCGGUGUUGAAUGUAUUUAUGGUGCAACUUACUCCAGUAUUACGUACGACAAUAUCCCUAACCUCAGCAAGAAAUCGACGACAACUGAACUGUCAUGGUCGUUCUUUUUAUACUGCUCAUCAUCAGUAAUUCUUUUGAUUGGAGGUUUAUACUUGAUAAUCGUACCGUCUAACAUUCUGUCAACUAAUAAAGUGUCUUCAAACAUGCCACAGAUACCGGUAUUACAGAUACAUCCACCACCAAGUGACCGAGCGCCGACGCCAUUAUACCUGAUGUCUCAACGUUCAUCAUCUCCUUUACCGUCUCCCUUUUCAUCAAAAUCUCAUACUCAGCAUACCCAGAGUUUACCGCCUGUCUUUACACAGAUGCAGAGAUAAGUGUAUAUUUGACAUAUUUGCGUUGAUGCAUAUAGUUGUAUAAUUAAAUUUUAUAUUAUGUAACCCUGACGGAGAUCGGGUGACAUAUAGUUAU